AAUCCAAUUCUUAAAACUGUCAAUAAUUUAUAAUUUCAGAUGGGUAAAGAUCUUGUAACUGUUACUCUCUCAAGAGAGGACAGUAAUGAGAGCUGGGGAUUCAGACUUGCUGGAGGGAAGGGUACCGGUCAACCUCUCACCAUCUCCCAGAGUGUGGUCAAAGAAAGCCUCGCAGCCAAGGUUGGGUUGACCGCAAAUGAUUUCCUUGUAUCAGUAGCUGGAGAGGAAACUGCAAAUAUGACCCAUCAGGAGGCUGAACAGGCCAUACAUGGGGCAGGAAACCGGUUCCAGAUGGUCAUUCAAAGAGAUGAGGAGCUUCACAACAUUAUGGAUUUAAACAAAGUAUUCCCCAAACCGAAAGAGGUUGAAGAACGGUUGAAGAAGAACAGAGAAGAGGAAGAACGAAGGAGGGAGGAGGAAGAAGUUGCAAGGGUUAGAGCCCUGGCACCACCUGCACCACCUCCCCCUACAAUAGCUCAAAUUAUUCAAGCGCAGAUAGGAGGUCAUAGUUUGGAUCGGCCGAUCUCCAACCCAAGUUUAACGGAUAAAAUGAUCAAUGAAGAGUUAGAAACCAUGUUUGAUCUUGAUCUUUCUGACAAAAGAAAAUGUGUAAACUUUAAAAAGUAUGAGAAGAAACCGUCGGACCUUUCUGCUUCGAAAACUUUGGAGAUGGUACGAGACGAGUCAGGAGAAAGUAUAAAGAGAAACAAGAUUGAUUCUUCAAGAAUAAAACAUUAUCCUGCCGAUCUCACCAAAUCUUACAACAGAAAGGAUUGGAAUUGUCCCUGGGUGCAUAAAGAUGGAAGAGGGCUUAAACAAGCUAUGAGGUAA